AAAUCCUUGUUCUUUCAGAUUAGUUGUAACUGUAAAAAAAAAACAGCUUGAAGAUUUAAACAUUAAAUGAAAAAAAUAUAACAACGUGAUAAUUUUGCAUAAUUAAAAUGCGAAUUAGAAUAAUUUUCUGAAUUAGGGGGAAAUGCAUUAGAUUUGAGGAAGUGAAAUAUGCAACCCUAACCCUCCCCUCCAUAGCAUUAUGGGGCAAUCAUCAAUUUGCAGUGCUUCCCCUUAAGGCCUAAUUCCGUCCAUAAUCCCAGAUGGAUGAAUAAAACCACUUUCCUUCAGCUGUCAAGGAAAUGCACAGGCUGCAGAGACAUUGUCACCUACAUUUUGAAGAAAACCUUGCUGCCAAGAUCCAGCCUGUGGGUUGCCAGUUGGACACUGCCCAGUUUCAGAAGGACAUGAGUUCAAGGUUUGGGAGAGGGACAAAGUGUUCAGUUAAUAAAAACCCAGGUGGAACUCAACUCCUGCUGUCAAGUUUAAUUAGUUAAAACAGAAUGUGGAGCAGACUGAACUGGAAUCACCAAGGGCAGCCUGACAAAGGAAUCCCUUCUUUCUGAAGACUCCCUGGGAGUUGGGUCUCUGGUGUGGCCUUGUGAACCGCCUGCCAUUUCUGCUGCUGUGGCGAGAUAAUGACAUGGACCUAGGAGCUCUUCAAAACAACUUCAACAGCACUUUGGACAAUGUUUAUGAGGAUGAUCUGGAAUCUAGCCAUACCAACACCCUUUCAAAUGGCAACCCUGUUUGCAACGGCGAGCAAGUCGAUCUUCUGACUGGGGGUGACGUGGUCAAACGUUCUCAGCCACUGUUCAUCCAAGCCAAUAGAAAACUGAAGGAGGAGGAGGAACCACGUGCCUUAUCCCUGCCCUCUAUCCCAAACCCUUUCCCGGAGCUCUGCAGCCCUUCAAACUCACCUAUCCUCAGCAGUCUGUCCCUGGGACCCGGAUCACCUCGAGAAGGUGGCUCUCAUGUGGUGAAAGUCUACAGUGAAGAUGGCACUUGCCGAUCAUUGGAAAUUACGGCAGGGACCACAGCUCGCCAUGUCUGUGAGAUGCUGGUACAGAAGACCCAUGCUUUGCAUGAUGAUUGCUGGUCCCUAGUAGAGGUCUAUCAGCACCUGGCUCUAGAGAGGUACCUGGAAGACCAUGAGUCUGUGGUGGAGGUUCAGGCCACGUGGCCUGUUGGGGGUGACAAUCGGUUUGUCUUUCGGAAGAACUACGCCAAGUAUGAGCUGUUCAAGAGCUCACCGCAAUCACUCUUCCCUGAAGUCAUGGUCUCCAGUUGCCAAGAUGCAGCCAACAAAGGCAUGUCCCACUCAGAACUCAUUCAGAAUGUUCUAAAUUCAGGAAGCUGCCCAGAAAUCCAAGGCUUCCUGCACUUAAAAGAAGUUGGGCGUAAAGUAUGGAAAAGGUUUUACUUCUCUCUUCGGCGCUCUGGGCUCUAUUACUCAACAAAAGGCAUGUCAAAAGAUCCAAGGCAUCUACAAUAUUGUGUUGACAUAAAUGAGUCCAAUGUCUACUACAUCACCCAAGGCAAAAAACAGUACAGCACCCCAACUGAGUUUGGCUUUUGUAUCAAGCCUCACAAAACACGCAGUGGGGCAAAAGGUCUGAAGCUCUUCUGCAGCGAAGAUGAGCAAAGUCGUGUGUGUUGGAUGGCUGCCUUCCGUCUCUUUAAGUAUGGCAUACAACUCUACAGGAACUACCAGAAAUGUCAGGCACGGCAAAGAGAACCACCAGCCUGGAUUGGCACAGCACCGCUGCGAAGUGUGUCAGAUAAUACUCUGGUGGCCAUGGACUUCUCUGGUUGCACAGGCCGAGUGAUUGAGAACCCCACCGAAGCACUGACAGUAGCUCUGGAAGAAGCUCAGGCAUGGAGGAAGAAGACCACUCACCGAUACAGCCUUCCCACCCAGUUCCAGAACUCUCCACUCAGUGCUGCCAUUCACAGAACCCAACCAUGGUUUCAUGGACACAUUUCUAGAGAAGACACCCAGCGCCUUAUAAUCCAGCAGGGGUUGGUGGAUGGGGUAUUCCUGGUGCGGGACAGCCAGCGAAAUCCCAAAGGCUUUGUCUUGUCACUCUGUCACUUGCAGAAGGUGAAGCACUAUCUCAUACUUCCGAGCGAGGAAGAGGGACGUCUCUACUACACCAUGGAUGAUGGGCAGACUCGUUUUGCUGACCUGAUCCAGUUGGUGGAGUUUCACCAGAUCAACCGUGGCAUUCUGCCUUGCAAGCUGAAGCACUACUGUACCUGUGUUGCCUUGUGAUAGGCCAUCUUCCCAUGCUCCACCCUCUGACCCACCACAGCCAGAUGAAGAAGCAGGCCUUAUUUGAACUCUGCACACCAGGAUCAACUCCAACCAUUCACCUGCUCUUGCUUCAAUCACACUUAUGGCAAGUGACCAAGGAAGGCCCUUGGUUGUUUGAAUCCUCCCAUUCAUCUACCCAGCAGGAAGCUUUGAUAAUCAGAGCAUGAUCUGAGGUCACUACAAUAACAAAUCUCUACAGAAGAGGGGACACUCCUCUAUUGGCCUGUGGCUUUCACCAUACGUAAAGAGGGAAACUACAUCCAUCUACCUGCUAAGUGCCCCUCUUCAUGGCAGGACUCUUUGUGCGCUCUGUUCCAGACUAGGUUUUGCCACCACAUUUAAGAGAUUUUGUCACUUCAGUACUUGUAUCCGUCUGCUCCCUAAUGUGAUUCCAGUGGUCCCAUAUAAUGGGAGUUGUUCUGCAGAGAUGUCAGGGUUUUCAUGUGUUGUUUCAAACUCCCAGUCAACUGAAGGAAGCAUUGGGACAUUUGCAAUCUUGGAUGUAUAUCUUGGGAACUGAUUCCUCUUUCCCACUGCUUUCUGCUCUCUUAAUCACAACUGCGUGCCUCCAGCUAGAGAUUUUCUGGUUGCUGCCACCUUUGUUAGACAAAGGGACUUUUUGAUUGUUUAGCCUCUCCUUUCUGGUGCCAAGCGUUACAGUUUAUUCAAGUGGGAAACUUCUAGUGUGGUUUGGGGCAGCAGACUGCAUGGGGAAUAGAUUGGGUCUCUAACUGGGAGGAAGGGACCCAGCCGCAUGUGGGAUAAUAGUUAGGCUUGGCAUUAAAAGCCACAACAACCGUUGCCUAAGUGAUGGCCAAAACCUGACCUGGAGCCUCUUAUAGGCCUACCAGAUCAGGGGAGACCAAUGGGUUUAUUAGCGGGGAAGAGUAACCUAGAAGGAUAUCUCAGGAUAGGAACUCUUAGGAACUCCUAGGAACUCUUCAGUCAUGGCAGCCCUAAGUGGCUUUCCGCAAGAAAAACCAACUGAGUACAGAUCUAAUGGUCCUUGUUUUCGGCCCUAGUGGUGCUAUUAAAUCUAAGCAAUUUUCAAAGAGGUAGCCGUGUUAGUCUGUUUCGAUAUGGAAAGAGGAGAGGAAAGAGGUUAAGGAGUCUUGUGGUGUCUUUAAGAUGAAGCAAUCUAUUACAGUACAGUGGUACCCCGGGAUACGAAUGCGCCGCCUUACGAAAUUUCCGGGUUACGAAAAAAAUCAAUAGGAAAAAACUGUUCCGGGUUACGAAGGUUUUUUCGGGUUACGAAAAAAAAUUU